AUGUCGUCCAUCCCAACCUCGCCCGUCGUCAGCGGCUCAACCUUCCUGCGCUUGACGCCUGAUGUCUUCGUCAUGGCAGCGCUGCCCACACCUUUCCUCUGCCUUGCGCCCGAGAGGUCGCCAUCUUACCCGCGCAAACAAACGGCCCGUCGCAUGUCCACGAGCUCUGACGUUUCUUCCAUCAGCAAUGCGGACCAUGCCAUCGCUCGCAGAGUCAGUGCCUCCGCACCUGGCUUCAAAAUCCUCAAGCUGGGUCCUGUUCACUGGGGUGAGCAUCUCGAGGAGCACCAGGACGACUUUCACAAGAAUGAAUGA